AUGUACGAAAAUGACGAUGAUCACUUCGAGGAGGAAGAUCCAGAGGAGAUUUCUCACGAAUUGUGGCAGGAAGCAUGCUGGAUCGUUAUCAACGCAUAUUUCGACGAGAAGGGUCUCGUGCGGCAGCAGCUCGACAGUUUCGACGAGUUUAUCCAAAUGUCCGUCCAGCGUAUCGUCGAGGAUUCGCCCGCCAUCGAACUAACGGCCGAAGCGCAACACUCUUCGGGCGAGAUUGAAAAUCCGACGCGCUACCUGCUCAAGUUUGACCAAAUCUAUCUUUCCAAACCUACACACUGGGAAAAGGACGGUUCGCCCUCACCAAUGAUGCCGAACGAGGCUCGGCUGCGCAAUCUGACCUACUCGGCACCGUUGUAUGUGGACAUCACCAAAACGAAGCUCGUCGAAGGACAGGAUCCGGUUGAAACGCAGCACCAAAAAACUUUCAUCGGAAAGAUCCCGAUCAUGUUGCGCUCAACGUACUGCUUGCUGUCUCAGCUGACGGAUCGCGAUUUGACCGAGUUGAACGAAUGCCCGCUGGAUCCGGGCGGCUAUUUUAUUAUCAACGGCUCGGAGAAGGUUCUGAUCGCUCAGGAAAAGAUGGCUACCAAUACUGUGUAUGUGUUCAGCAUGAAAGAUGGCAAGUACGCGUACAAGACAGAGAUCCGGUCCUGUCUGGAACACAGCUCCCGACCCACCUCGACGCUGUGGGUCAACAUGAUGGCUCGCGGUGGUCAAAGUAUCAAAAAGUCCGCCAUCGGGCAGCGCGUGAUUGCCAUUCUGCCGUACGUAAAGCAGGAAAUCCCAAUCAUGAUUGUGUUUCGAGCGCUGGGUUUCGUUGCCGAUCGCGAUAUCCUGGAGCACAUCAUUUACGACUUUGACGAUCCAGAGAUGAUGGAAAUGGUGAAGCCCUCGCUCGAUGAAGCGUUCGUCGUGCAGGAGCAAAAUGUAGCACUCAACUUCAUUGGUGCUCGCGGAGCCCGCCCGGGUGUUACCAAGGACAAGCGUAUCAAAUACGCGAAGGAAAUCCUACAGAAGGAAAUGCUGCCCCACGUCGGUGUGUCCGACUUUUGUGAAACCAAGAAAGCCUACUUCCUCGGGUACAUGGUACAUCGAUUGCUGCUAGCCGCGCUUGGACGGCGGGAGCUCGAUGAUCGUGAUCACUACGGCAAUAAGCGUCUGGAUCUGGCCGGUCCCUUGCUAGCAUUUUUGUUCCGUGGGUUGUUUAAGAACCUCAUGAAGGAGGUGCGUAUGUACGCGCAAAAGUUCAUCGAUCGCGGAAAGGAUUUCAACCUGGAGCUGGCUAUCAAAACGAAGAUCAUCACUGACGGAUUGCGCUACUCGCUGGCCACCGGUAACUGGGGUGAUCAGAAGAAAGCUCAUCAGGCCCGUGCCGGCGUGUCGCAGGUGUUGAACCGCCUAACGUUCGCCUCCACCCUCAGUCAUCUGCGGCGCGUCAAUUCGCCUAUCGGGCGUGACGGUAAACUGGCAAAGCCGCGUCAACUGCACAACACUCUGUGGGGUAUGAUUUGCCCGGCCGAAACACCUGAAGGCGCCGCCGUCGGAUUGGUGAAAAAUCUCGCACUGAUGGCGUACAUUUCUGUCGGUUCGCAACCGUCCCCGAUUCUCGAGUUCUUGGAAGAGUGGUCGAUGGAGAACCUGGAAGAGAUUGCACCGUCCGCCAUCGCCGAUGCGACCAAGAUUUUCGUCAACGGUUGCUGGGUAGGAAUUCAUCGCGAUCCUGAGCAGCUGAUGGCGACACUGAGAAAACUGCGUCGACAGAUGGACAUCAUCGUGUCCGAGGUAUCAAUGAUUCGGGACAUUCGAGAUCGCGAGAUCCGCAUCUACACGGAUGCCGGGCGCAUCUGUAGACCGCUGUUGAUCGUGGAAAACGGUUCGCUACUGUUGCGCAAGCACCACAUCGAUAUGCUGAAGGACCGCGACUACAACAACUACGGCUGGCAGGUGUUGGUGGCAUCCGGUGUAGUCGAGUACAUCGACACCCUCGAAGAGGAAACGGUCAUGAUUGCGAUGACACCGUAUGAUUUGAAGCAGGACAAAGAGUAUGCGUACUGUACGACCUACACCCACUGCGAGAUCCACCCGGCCAUGAUACUAGGCGUAUGCGCAUCCAUCAUCCCGUUCCCAGAUCACAAUCAAAGCCCGCGUAAUACAUACCAAAGCGCUAUGGGAAAGCAGGCGAUGGGUGUUUACAUUACGAACUUCCACGUGCGCAUGGACACGCUCGCGCACGUGUUGUACUACCCGAUGAAGCCCCUCGUAACGACGCGUUCGAUGGAGUACUUGCGUUUCCGUGAGCUGCCGGCCGGUAUCAAUUCGAUCGUAGCCAUCCUGUGCUACACAGGCUACAACCAGGAAGACAGUGUCAUCUUGAACGCAUCCGCUGUCGAACGAGGUUUCUUCCGCUCUGUGUUCUACCGCUCGUACAAGGACUCGGAGAGCAAGCGCAUCGGUGACCAGGAGGAGCAGUUUGAGAAACCGAACCGACAGACGUGUCAGGGUAUGAGGAACGCGCUUUACGACAAGCUGGACGAGGAUGGCAUCAUCGCCCCGGGUUUGCGUGUGUCCGGCGACGACGUGGUGAUCGGAAAGACGAUCACACUCCCAGAAACAGAUGACGAUUUGGACGGGACGACGAAGCGUUACACCAAGCGAGAUGGAUCGACAUUCCUGCGUAACUCGGAAACGGGUAUCGUCGAUCAAGUGAUGCUCACACUGAACAGCGAGGGAUACAAAUUUUGCAAAAUUCGUGUGCGAUCGGUGCGCAUCCCGCAGAUAGGCGACAAGUUUGCAUCCCGUCACGGUCAGAAGGGUACAUGCGGUAUUCAGUACCGCCAGGAGGACAUGCCAUUCACGUGUGAGGGUAUUACGCCGGACAUUAUCAUCAACCCGCACGCCAUUCCGUCGCGUAUGACCAUCGGUCACUUGAUCGAAUGCAUCCAGGGCAAACUAGGCUCGAACAAGGGCGAGAUCGGUGAUGCCACACCGUUCAACGACGCGGUUAAUGUGCAAAAGAUUUCCACCUUCCUGCAAGAGUAUGGCUACCAUUUGCGAGGCAACGAAGUCAUGUACAAUGGCCACACCGGACGCAAGAUCAAUGCCCAGGUAUUUUUGGGCCCGACUUACUACCAGCGUCUGAAGCACAUGGUGGACGAUAAAAUUCAUUCACGUGCCCGCGGACCCGUGCAGAUUCUUGUCCGCCAGCCGAUGGAGGGCCGUGCAAGGGACGGUGGCUUGCGUUUUGGAGAGAUGGAGCGUGAUUGCCAGAUUUCGCACGGUGCGGCACAGUUCCUGCGUGAACGUCUGUUUGAAGUGUCGGAUCCAUACCGGAUUCACGUGUGCAAUUUCUGCGGUCUGAUUGCUAUCGCCAACCUGCGCAACAAUACGUUUGAAUGCAAGGGAUGCAAAAACAAAACACAGAUAUCUCAGGUUAAGCUUCCGUAUGCUGCAAAGCUGUUGUUCCAGGAACUGAUGGCAAUGAACAUUGCGCCUCGUUUGAUGGUAUUAUAAGAGCAAAUGUACUUUUAGCGACAUUGCACAUGAGGAAUUUGUGCGGCAGACGGAAUGCGGUAUUUUUAUUACGUUCACUAUAAAUAUGAAUAAAAUAGUCCUCUAUAUA